GUUGUCAUGGAGAUACGUGGGUUUGCUGUAGGUUUGCUGUUGGCUUUGUCUGCCACCCUGUUGGUUGACGCCCAGCCCGCCGACGUGAGGAGCCGCUACAUACACUUCCUCACGCAGCAUGUGUAUGGGGGCAUGAACACAAACAAGUGCAGCAAAGUGAUCGGCCAGAGGCACAUCACCGAAGGCAACACCAACAACUGCAAAGAAAUCAACACCUUCAUCCUGGCCACACAUGAGCAGGUCAGGGCAGUUUGCAGUGAUGGAGGCACACCUAAGGGUAGGAAUCUGUACGAAAGCACCAAACCUUUUGCUGUAGUCAUUUGCAAGAGGAAACCAGGAGCCAGCUGUGUGUAUAAUGGUAAAAGGAGCACGCGAACCAUUAUAGUGGCUUGUGACAGGGGCUGGCCUGUGCACUAUCAAGAGGACAACCUUGUUCUUCAUUGAGUCAAAGGACUUUAAAAGGGCUUUGAUGAUGCUAUCUGGUUAAACACUAAUGGACAUUCAUUAAAGGUAUUGUAAUGUUUGCCAGAAAAGGCACUUUCCUUAAAACACAUCGCAAAAUAUGAUAUAUACUAUGAACAAUAUACAUGUAACAUAGAUACUUAAAAGGUAAGCUAAGAUUUUGUUUCAUCGUAUUACAGGGCAGGGGUAGCUUUACCACCUCCUGGUCCCCCUGCUUAUAAUUAGAAAGCAUAAUGGCCCACAAGAAAAGAAAACUAUUUUUUUAGGUAAAAUUGUUUGCGUCAGCCACCUGCAGCUGCAUUACCUCAAACUGAUGAUGUUUAUUUUGCCUUUAAAUUUGCCAUGAUGUUUAUAGUUUGAACAUGAUUGAUCUUUUUUUUAAUUAUAAUAAAUAAUUUUUUUUCACUUA